GCGGCGCGAUGCGACCGGGGGACGGUGAGAAACAGAUUCGCGCAACAUUGUUACUUCACGACGAUGGAUAUUGUGAUGGCCGUUGAUAAAAAAUCGCUCUGAUAUGGCUCAGAACGCGUUGAGAAAGAGGGGGAGCUACAUCAGCGUAAGCUGAUAAAGACGUCCGUAUCUCUCUCUCUUUUUUAAAAAAAAAAGAAAAGAAAACGCGCUGCGUGAAGAGCAUUACGACUUAUUAAUGUAACAUAAACUUCAUUUUUUCCACAGAAAAACGAGAAGGCAUGGCUUAGUGGGUUUGUCGUAAACUAAAAUGCAUAUUAUAUAUUAUUAGGUUAAAACUGCAUAAUUUAUUGCUCUGUAGCAGAUAAUGUGGCUGCACUCUUGCUAUUACAAUAGAACAGCAUUUUAUGCCGCUGGAAGGCUGAGUCGUUGCGAGUCGAGGACAGACCGCGCUAUAAUGUGAUGCUCCGUGGAUUUCGACCACUCCUCCGUCUACUAUCUCAAGACCAACGACAGGGUCUUGGAUUACAAUUGGAAUAAAAAGCAGUUUGUUGAAUCAGUCCAAUGGACUCAACGCUUCAGUUGCAGUGUCUGGAGAUGACUACCAAGAGGAAGCUCAUCGGCCGCCUGGUGCCCUGCCGAUGCUUCCGUGGGGAGGAAGAGGUCAUCUCAGUGCUGGACUAUUCGCACUGUAGCCUGCAGCAGGUCCCCAAGGAGAUCUUCAGCUUCGAACGCACCCUAGAGGAGCUCUACCUGGAUGCUAACCAGAUUGAGGAGCUGCCUAAGCAACUCUUCAACUGUCAGGCCCUCCGGAAGCUGAGCAUUCCUGAUAAUGACCUCUCCAACUUGCCAACCACUAUCGCUAGCCUUGUAAACCUGAAGGAGUUAGAUAUAAGUAAAAAUGGCAUUCAAGAGUUUCCUGACAAUAUCAAGUGCUGCAAAUGUUUAUCAGUUGUAGAGGCCAGUGUAAAUCCUAUAACCAAACUCCCAGAAGGCUUCACCCAGCUCCUCAAUCUGACCCAGCUCUUCUUAAAUGAUGCCUUCCUCGAGUACCUGCCCGCCAAUUUUGGGAGAUUGUCCAAAUUACGCAUCCUGGAACUUCGAGAGAACCAUCUGAAAACCAUGCCAAAGUCAAUUCACAGGCUGUCACAGCUGGAGCGAUUAGAUUUGGGAAGCAAUGAAUUCACUGAACUGCCAGAAGUGUUGGAGCAGAUCCAUAACCUGAAGGAGCUCUGGUUGGACAACAAUUCAUUACAGACAAUACCAGGGUCUAUAGGGAAACUGAGACAGCUGAGGUACUUGGACCUGGCCAAGAACAGGAUCGAGAGUCUCGAUGCUGACAUCUCGGGGUGCGAGUCCCUUGAGGACCUCCUGCUCUCUUCCAACAUGCUGCAGCAGCUGCCUGAGACGAUAGGAAUGUUGAAAAAGUUGACAACAUUAAAAGUCGAUGACAACCAGCUAACCUCACUGCCUAACACGGUUGGAAGUCCCCGCGCCAAAUUAGGUUUAUCACUGUUAGAGGAGUUUGACUGUAGCUGUAAUGAAUUGGAGUCCCUGCCCCCAACCAUUGGUUACCUGCUCAAUCUCCGAACCUUCGCCGCUGAUGAGAACUUCCUGACGGAGUUACCCAGAGAGAUUGGAAACUGCAAGAAUGUCACUGUUAUGUCCCUGCGCUCCAACAAACUAGAAUUUCUGCCUGAUGAAAUUGGACAGAUGACAAAGCUACGUGUUCUCAAUCUGAGUGAUAAUAGGUUGAAGAAUCUUCCUUACACUUUCACAAAACUGAAAGAUCUUGCUGCACUUUGGUUAUCUGACAAUCAGUCCAAGGCCCUCAUCCCCCUCCAAACAGAGGCUCACCCUGAGACCAAACAGAGGGUCCUCACCAACUACAUGUUCCCACAGCAGCCUCGACACGACGAGGAUUACCAGUCAGACAGUGACAGUUUCAACCCCGCCCUUUGGGAGGAGCAGAGGCAGCAGAGGAUGACUGUGGCUUUUGACUUUGAGGAGAAGAAGGAGGAGGAGGAGGAGGACAACUCUGCAAAAGUCAAGGUCCCCCAGGCUUCUUAUGUUGAGAUUAAUCUGAAGCGAUAUCCCACCCCAUACCCAGAGGACCUGAAGAACAUGGUGAAGUCAGUGCAGAACAUGGUGGGCAAAACCACUCAUCCUCUCGGCACAGAGAAAUGCUCCUCAGGCACCAACAUGGAACUGCACAGCAAAGACAAAUAUGAGCCUCCAUGGCCCAUUGCACCCAAAGAGGUGACUGACAGAGAGGUGGUUAAAGACUUCUCCAAGCCUCCAAUGCCAGAGCAGAGUGUCAUGCUGAACUCAGCCAUUGACAUCCCGAAGAGGAAGGACAAGGAGGAUCUAACCGAGAGCUCAGAGAUUUCUUUACAUCGCGUCGUUCCCAAGCCGCAACAGCCAGAGAAUGCGAGCCUGGCCGUUACUUCCUCUUCCUGUUUCUGCCUCAUAGAUUCCAUGGGAGGCUCUCCUAAUGACAUCCGAAUAUCUGACAUGAGGCCAACUCUAGUGGAACCACCUAUGUACAAGCCAAAGGUGGUGUUGCUGGGGAAGGAGAAAAAAGAAUCCACUGAUGACUCAGACCCAGACAAAAUGCACUGUUUGAACAACAGUGGCUCCUCUGCCACCUACUCGGACUACUCACCCUCGCAGGGCUCCUCGGGGUCCUCCAACCCUCCUGGCAAUGUCAGCUCCCUGCAGAGCGCUGCCAAAGAGGGCCCAGCGCAGACUCACUGGACUAACAGGCUGGCACAGUCAUUCCCAAAGCCCUUAGAGACCAAGCCCCUGCUCAGUCAGAGAGAGACACCCCCUUCGAGCACCCUGCAGCAGCGAGGUGAGAGGCGGCCACUCAGUGAUGCCUAUGACGGCUGGAAUGACGCCCCCCACUAUGACAACACAGGGUUUGUAGCGGAGGAGGCUCCUCUUGAUACCCCCAGCGGCAGUAGUGGGAACCCUAUGCUAGGCACAAAGCCUCGUAGUGCCUCAACUACACAUGGGCGACGCCCUCUCAUGAGACAGGACCGCGUUAUGGGGGUGCCAUUAGAGCUGGAGCAGACACCGCACCCUUUCCGCACCACUCCUGACACUGAAGUGCCUCCUCCCCCUCCCCCUAACCCUUGGCAGAACUGGACGAGGACUCCUAGCCCUUUUGAGGACCGCACGGCUUUCCCCUCCAAGCUUGAACUCACCCCAGCAAACAGCCCCAACCCUGACCGCAAGGACUUUGAGCAGGAGAUCAGUGAACUACCUGGCACUUUCCCCUCUACAGGAGCCUGGGGAUUCCUGGACUCCAGAGACUCAGGGACAGGGCAAGGUCAGCCCAACAUCUUCACACAUGUUCAGGGUCAUAAAGAACCAAAUAAAGGUACCACUUUGGUCCUGAGCAAGAGCUCAGAGAGACUUUCACCAAUGAUGAAAGAGGUAAAGUCCAAAUUCAAGAAAUCCCAGAGCAUAGAUGAAAUUGAUAUAGGGUCCUACAAGGUGUACAGCAUUCCCUUGGACAACUACAGCUCUAGCAUAGAGAAUCAGGGUAGUGUGGACAGAGCAGACCUCCCAGGACAUCUGGAGCAGAGCAUGUCCAGGAGCAUGUCUGCACCCAUGCUGGACGAUGAUCUUGAUGGGUUUGGCAUGAAUAAAAAUUCGCAGCAGCAGAAGCCUGCUAUCCCGAAGAAAGUUUACCAGUUUGACCAAAGCUUCAACCCUCAAGGAGCCAUGGAUGUUGUGAAACCAGAAAGGAGAGUCCCCCCACCAUUCCCCAACACCCCUGAAUAUGUGAAUCAACCUGGCAAGACACUGCCAAAGGAGCUUGUUAGCCCUCGAGGCUACCGUGGCUAUCAACCAAUGGAGCAAAUGUUUUCCUAUUCUCAGACAUCAGUCACUGAUGAUGCGGUUCCUUCACAGUUCCCUGCCCAGCCACAGCGGUCACGCCCAGGCUUCCUGCGGCGAGCUGACUCUCUGGUAAGUUCUACAGAAAUGGCACUGUUCCGCAGGGUAGCUGAAGCCCAGGAACACCAAAUGGCAGACCUCUACAACAGGCCCCAACAGCUUAAAGGCAUGCUGGAACACCAGAACAGUCUGUCCACAAUGGCUGACACCCAGUUCCACAAGAGAAAUGGUAGGUAUGAAGAGGAAUACUCAUCUUAUCAAGAAACUAAAAAACCAAUUAUGGGAUACCCCACUAAGAGUCUGACACAACGUCGCCCCCUAUCUGCCCGGAGCUACAGCACAGAGACAUAUGGGGCAUCACAGGCUCGGCCUGUGUCUGCCCGGCCCACCAUGGCUGCCCUGCUCGAGAAAAUGCCUUCAGAUUAUAAUCUUAGUACAUGCACUGAGAAGAGCCCUGACGCUGAUAUGAAGUUGAGACCUGUUCCCCAGAAACCAGAGGACACAAGCUCCAAAAUGCCAGUGGACUGGAGACAACAGCUUCUAAGGCACAUAGAGGCAAAAAGGCUUGACAGGAGCGCUGUCCUUAAGCACAACACAGUAAACUUCGGCAUGCUGUACUCUGGAGGCUAUGCUGCACCGCAUGCCAGCAGAAGCAUGACAAUAAACUUUUACAAUAACACAAAGCAUGAAAACCAAACAACUCAGUGGCUACCUCUACCAAAUACCCCUUCACAACAGAGCAAUAUUUUAGAUAACGGCCAAGAGGUGGUCUCUCCAAGCACCCAAUGGGCGCCCUACUCACUGGGACGAAGAGAUGUGCCUCCGGAGAAUGCAAAUAUCAUCAAAAAGGCUGCCAUACCGCACCCGCACCAACCGCAGGGCAUGAUGGUGAGCUCUGCCUCGGCCGGCCCACCCCAUCGAGCCAUCCGUGACCAGCCGUACGAGGGAGCCAUGAACAAGGUCUCGAUCCAGCAGUACCAGUCCCCUCUGCCUGUACCCAUCACCAACACCACCAGUCCUCGGCCUCAGAGUGCACGGUGCUUCAUCCAGACCAAGGGCCAGAAGAGCAUGGAUGGCUUUCAGGAGCAGUUCUGUGUUCGGAUUGAGAAAAAUCCAGGCCUGGGCUUCAGUAUCUCAGGGGGAAUCGGUGGGCAGGGAAAUCCCUUCAAGCCCUCCGACAUGGGUAUCUUUGUUACUAGGGUACAGCCUGAUGGACCCACCUCCAAUGUCCUUCGACCGGGGGACAAAAUUCUGAAGGCCAACGGACAUAGUUUUGUACACAUCGAACACGAAACGGCAGUGUCUCUUCUGAAGAGUUUCCCGAAAGCUGUGGACUUGGUCAUUUUAAGGGAGAGCACAAUGUAAAUAUUUUUAUAACACUGACUUCUUGCUCAAAAGGAACAAGAACUUGUACAUCAUGUUUUUAUCUAGGAAAAAGUUGCCAAUUGCUGGACCAAUGGCAAAUACUAGUGCCAAAUGUACAAUAGAUAACAUAUCUAAUAAUGUUACAUAUGGCUUUCACGUAUACCUGUGUUGAAAACUUACACUGAUGUGGUUGAAGUUCCUUUCUAUUUCUCAGCCUGUGGCUGUAGGUGGGUGCGUUUUUCUGCUUAUUUAUAUCGCCUAUUAUUUUGUACCUAUUUUUCCAAGCAGCUUUUCAUUUAAAUCUUGAAGCAUGAAGGCACAUCGGCUUUUAAGAACAUUUAUUCAUCACUGCCUCAACUCUGUAAAUGCCUUGUGUAAAUAUAAACAUUUACUUUUCAAAUGUUAUUAGAGAGGAGAAUGUGAAUGAAAGCUUUCCGAUAUUAUUUAAUUUUUUUUUUUUUUUUUUUGGUAACACGUAGGAAGAUACACGCUACUUUAUCCUGCUGACCCUUCACUUCAUUUGAAUUAAUUUCUGAGACGUUUUAUUAAGUGGUCACCUACUACCACAUUUUGGGUGUGGUAUUAGAUUGUGUGUGGCUCUUAGAUGAGUUUUGCACAAAUCAAAUGGUAGAAAAGAAUCCAGAUGCAAUAUUGUUCUUGAUUUUUGACUCUUCUGCACCACCCUCUGCUGGCCAGUACAGAGGAGAGUACUACUAAGAUUUCCUAGCCUUCAUUUCACACAGGGUGGAGCCCCAUCCCAUUAAUUUGCCAUGUUGAGAACAUGAGCAUUUUCACAUUUUUCUUAUUACCAAUAUUAUUUUAACCUCACAUGUAAUAGAUA